AUGUCCCGAUUCUCUCGAUACGACACGGACGAGGAGCGUCUGCCAGAGGGCAUGACGCGGGUCGGAUACGAUGCUGAUACGCAAGUCUAUACGUUCCAAGACUCCGAUGGGAGUCUCUGGGAAGGGGCCCCUGGAGCAGAAUACGGCCAGCUCUACCGUGCCGGGCAGGCCCCAGAUCCAGACGAAGUCGAUGCGGACACGGAGCCAUUCCUCAUGUCAGAGCACACUCAAUCCCAGACAUCGUGGCGGGCUGAGAUGAUGCCACUGCUCAACUUCUUUGUCCUUGUUGGUGUCUCCCUGAUGGCCCUCUUCUGGUACCUCAACACAGCUUCCAGGCCGUCGGAUGGCAGGGAAGACACCGCACCCGGACUGUCCUGUGCCAAAGGCAGCACCCCAUAUAUCUUGCAGGGUGGCGACUCAUGCUGGGAUCUGGCUCAGGAGCACGGAAUUACCAUGGACGAUAUCAUGUCUCUGAAUCCGGGGUUGAAAUGCGAGAGUUUGCUAGCAGACACGCAGAUCUGCCUACCAAAGUCGCCCAUCGUUGGGUGA